AUGACAGCCUCCGAAGACGGAUCCGUGUGGCACGGAUUCCCGAAAUCGCACUUGCUGCGUACCGUGAUGCAGCUUCUGCUCGACAUGGGCUACCGCGACACAGUGAAGACACUGGAGCGCGAGUCCUCCUGCACGUACCAGUGUCCCCGCGUGACCGAGCUGGAGGAAGCGGUUCGCAUCGGCGACAUGACAAACGCGCGCAGCAUUCUAUCGCAGUUGAAGCUCCCGCCGGAGAUCCGGUCGGCGUGCUCGUUCUUGUGUUCGCAGCAGGACUUCGCCAUGGCGCUCCACCGCCAAGAGUUCGACGAGGCAUUACGAGUGUUGCGCGAGGAGCUCUGCCCCUCGGCGUUUGACGAGGACACGCAGCGUCGCGUUCAGAAGUGCGCCAGUCUGCUCUCCUAUCCAUCCCCCGAUGAUGCGCUUCGCUCGGAGAUCCACUGGGACGCCUCUAGCUCGCUGGGCGACCUGUGGCUGCGGCUGCGGCACCUGAUAUCGCCCGAGCUGUGCGUGCCCCCGAAUCGGCUGCUGACGCUGCUGCGGCAAGCGGUGGAGUUGCAGGAGUUGUACUGCCCCCACCAUGCGAGCUCCUUGGAUGAACCGGGACCCCCGUCCCUCUACGAGGACCACACGUGCCCCGAGGUGGCGCCCCCUGCGCAAUGCGUAGCUCGUCUGGAGGGCCACAGCGACGAGGUGUGGGACAUCGUGCUGUCCCCCAACGGCCAGUACAUCCUCACCGGCGGCAAGGACGAGAGCGUGAUCCUUUGGAGCGCCAGCGAGCCCUUCGACCGCAUCCAUCAGUGGAACGACCACCAGGCGGUGGUCAGCAGCGUCAGCUGGUCUUCGGAUUCUGAGCUGUGCGCGUCGAUCGACAAGGACGGCGUGAUUCUCCUCUGGUCGCCGCAUUACGCGUGGUGCAUCGGCGGCGUCGACCCGUCGGACGGCGUGCAGCUAUGCAUCUCUUGGGUGCCCGGCCGCCACGCCUUCUUGGCGAGCAACGCCGAACGGCAGGUGGUCCUCUACGAAGUUGAGAAGCCCUUUGGCAAUGAAGGUGCAGCAGCGUCUGACCCGACCUCGCCGGACGAGUCGACUGGCGAGCCAUCGGGAUCCUCGGAAUUGCGGUACACCGUGAAGGCUGCGCGCCGCUUUACGGUAAACUGCCGCAUUCGCACCAUCGCAGUGAACAAGGACGGCACCCUGGCGAUCGGCGCCUCGCCCGACCGGCUCACGCAUCUCAUCGACAUUGCGACGUUCCGGGAGCUGCCUCCGCUGCCCGAGCACUCCAACGUCACCAUGGUGGCCUGCAGCGCGCUGCACAACCAGGUGCUGCUGAGCGUGGCGGGUCGCUAUCCGGUGAUUCGGCUGUGGGACCUCGACGAGCGGCGCGUGAUACAGACGUACCGCGGUCACAGGGAGGACCGCUUCAUCCUGCGGUGCGCUUUCGGCGGCCCCGACGAGCGCUUCGUGGUGAACGGCAGCGAGGACGCGCAUAUCUACAUUUGGAACAAGCUCUUCGGUACGCUGGUGGCCGUGCUGCAGGCGCACUCGUCCACGGUGAACGGCAUUGCGUGGAGCACCCGCCCGGGCGGCUACCUGUUCAGCGUCUCCGACGACCACACGGUCGCCGUGUGGCAGCCGCUGCCUGCGCUAUAG